AAGUAAAGCUAAAGAGAGCAAAUGCCUGCAUUAGUUUUCAUGUCAACUUCUAGCAGCAUGAUGAGGGUCUUAAUUCUUAUUGUGGCAAUGGGAGCAGUUUUAGAGCUUGCACCUCAAGCCGAGGCAGCUCGUGCUUUCUUUGUCUUUGGGGACUCACUGGUCGACAGUGGCAACAACAACUACCUAGCAACCACCGCCCGUGCCGACUCUCCUCCCUAUGGCAUCGAUUUCCCUACCCACCGCCCCACCGGCCGCUUCUCCAACGGCUUAAACCUCCCCGACAUUAUCAGUGAGGAAAUAGGAUCUGAACGCGUGCUCCCAUAUUUGAGCCCUGAGCUCACAGGACAAAAGCUGCUUAUUGGAGCAAAUUUUGCUUCUGCAGGAAUCGGAAUCCUCAAUGAUACUGGGAUUCAAUUUAUUACCGUAAUAAGGAUCUUUAGGCAGUUUCAACUUUUCCAACAAUACCAACAACGGCUCACGGCGCUUGUCGGAGCACCACAGGCAACAAAGCUAGUGAACGGCGCACUUUACCUCAUGACGCUUGGUGGCAAUGACUUUGUUAACAACUAUUUCUUGGCACCUAUCUCCCAAAGGUCUAGCCAAUAUUCCGUCCCCGAAUUCUCUCGUUACCUUAUCACUGAGUUCCGCAAAAUUCUCCUGAGCCUAUACGAAUUAGGAGCCCGAAGAGUGCUGGUGACCGGUACCGGCCCAUUGGGUUGUGUUCCAUCUGAGCUGGCCAGAAGCGGAAACGAUGAGUGCGAUCCAGAAUUACAAAGGGCAGCAGCGAUCUUCAACCCACAGCUGGUCCAGAUGCUUCAAGAACUCAACACCCAACUUGGUUCAGAUGUUUUUGUCACUGCUAAUGCCUUCGAUAUGAAAGAGGACUUCAUCUCCGACCCCCAGAAAUUUGGUUUUGUGACAGCAAAGGUGGCAUGUUGUGGCCAAGGACCCUACAAUGGGAUGGGACAGUGCAAUCCGACGUCAAACUUGUGCCCAGAUCGGAAUCUGUAUGCCUUCUGGGAUGCUUUUCAUCCAACUGAGAAAGCAACCAGGCUAAUUGUGAAGCAAAUUAUGACUGGGUCUACCAAGUACAUGAACCCAAUGAACCUAAGCACCAUAAUGGCCUUGGACUCCAGGACCUAAUUAAUUCCAAUUAGGCUGUUAAUUACGUGCUUGGUAUUUAAUUAAGCUUUCUAUCUUCUAUAGUUAUCUGCCGUUGAUUAUGCAAUAGCUCGUUUUGGCUCUGUCAAAUUAAUUGACAUGAGACUUAAUAUGUAAGAGCUUAAUCAAUUGCACAAAGUUUUAUGCAUUGUUUUGGAGC